GUUUGGCUGUAUUCGUGUGUAGUCAUGUUAGUAUCGAGAAAACAGACGCUGGGUGCAUUUGAUGAGGCUGGUAUCUGUUCGCUGUAGCAAUGGAGUGCAAUUUUUGAGUACUGAAGAAGAUGAAACAGAUGUCCCACAUUAUGAGAGCGAGCUUCCAAAUGUCAUCAGAAGUCUUAGUCAAGAAGUCAAACUUGAAUCUUGCCGUCUGCUGUCUGAUGACGUUCGUCUUCUUGGCUCAAGCAGCAGGUGAUGGUAUCAAUCGGACGACUCCCACAACCACAGCCCACCCUGACCUAAUAUGCUUUGUCUGUGAAGCAGCGAGGAUGGACUGUCCGGUGAUCCACUACAAAUUCCCCGUGGCUCAUCUGGAAACGGGAUGUUAUGGAUGCUACAAGGAAUGGAAAGAGGGAGUUGCCCAUGCCACUAGAAAGUGUCUUGAGAAGGCAAAUAUGACCGAAUUCAGACAGAAAACGGGCAACUCAUCAGUAAGCUGGUCUGGUUGCAGUUCCAAGACGGAUCCUGUCACAGGCAAACCGAUUUAUUUCUGUCUCUGCACAGAUGACUAUUGUAACUCAGCUUCCACACACCAGAUGGCAAUAGCAGUACCAAUUGCUGCAAUUAUUGCAGUCUGCUACCUUUCAUGGCCGUUUCUGAACGGGUGACGAAGUGUGUUGAUAUGAAAGAAAGGGAUUCAGAUUGAUAUCAGAGGGGCAUUUCAGAACUAGCCAACGUCUAGUCAUGUGAUUUCAUUAAGUGUUUUCCAUGCUGGCUGACCGGGACUCAUGUCUGAAUUAUUCAUCUCAAUCAGAAACUUGAAGAUCAGAGGCUGCAAAAAGCCCGAUACGGAACUUCGAAGUGAAGACGUGUCACAAGGAGUCUGGACUAGUAGUAGAUGUCUUUCAGCCCAGUAUGCAAUCCGAUAGA